UAGCAGUGUUAUCUUACAAAAGUUGGCUCGUCAAAGCGAAUUCAGCUUGAAAUAUGACGCGGAAUUUCAGCUACAUCAACAAUGGUUCGAUCCGCGAUUGCGACAUGACCCGAAAUGCAAAGGCGAUUAUCUUAACCAUAUUUUCUUUAAUGAUAACAUUUGGUUGCCAAACACGCAUAUCACCAUGAAGGGUAACAUUACGAAUGUGGGCCCCUCUUUAUUAAAGAUUUUUCCAAAUGGCACCAUUGAUUAUCUUACACGAUAUGAUAUCAUACUUUCUUGCCAAGGCAGCAUGGCUACAAUCCCAUUCGACACCCAAAUCUGCGCAUUUGAGAUGGAAUCAGCUGCGAAUAAACGGAAACUCGUUGAGUUCGUUUGGAAUCCGAUUGCUAAUAUCUACUGGUCAUCAUCAUCUACAACACAGCACAAUUCUAAUUUAGUACAGAAGCAAGCAGUGACUGAUUCAAUAAAGAAAGAUGAUAACAGCCGCCUCAAAGUAAUCUUACAGUUUACACGAGAUCGCACUUGGUACUACCUCGUCCUGUUUAUUCCAAGCAGCAUUCUAGUGACCACGUCGUUCAGAUCUCUAUGGCUUGAUUGGAAUCCGUCAUUUCCUAGAUUGUCUAUGGGAAUAAUAUCAGUGUUAUUUACUUUUGGACAACUCAUUCUCAGUCGUUUAAGAUUACCGACGAAUCUAACUGUUAUAAACAUCUGGAAUUACACCUGCAUGAUUUUCACCUUUUUGGCUCUGUUGGAGUCCUUCAUCAACUCCCUGGCCCAGAGGGAAACAUCACGUAAUGCCGACCAUAUUGAUCAACAGAGAAACAGGGAAGCCCUUAUUCGUCGGAUGAAGGAAAUUGACACUAUUGCCCGCUACAUAUUUCCGAUUGCAUUCAUUUUUAUUUUAAUACUUUCUUAUUCGUAUUAUUAUUUUUAUUUUAACGACAAAUAUUAUAAUGCACAAAACUAAGUUUCCUGUUUUCCACGCUCGGCUGCUUCCCAUCUCUGUUGAAUUUGAAUAUUUUCUAUUUUUGGUUCAAAGGUGUGCAUAAAAAGUCACAAUAUGUGAAAACUAAAACUCAUUUGUUACACAGUUAACUAAAUUGCUAAAUAGGGCUUGGGACAAUUAUUUUUUACAUUUUUGAAACGAUUUUUAAGACUUAGAUCGCUACCAGAGCAGCAGCGGCGCAAUGUAAGCAAAUGUGCAGGCGCCAACUCCGCCCAAUACUACUUUAUACACGACCUAGGUCGUUCGUGUGUAAAGUACUAUUUCAUAUCUCUAACAACCGUGCGAAAACUAGCGUGUUAAAGACGGAAGUAGAACAAACAUAUAAUCAAAUUAUAUAUAUAAACGUGAAUUUGGGAAUGAAAAACGAAAAUUUUGGACAAUGAGCAAUUUAUCUCUCCACAUAGUCUCCUUUUAGUUUGAUACACUUGACCCAGCGAUUCUUUCAUGCAGGAUAUGACCCAAGCGGUCUUUUGACAUGCCUACCGUCUCAGCUAUGUUGCGCACCGUCAAUCGCAAUUUCCCCUUUAAAAACAAGACUCAAAUCAUCGAUCGAUCUUUUUCCAUUUGUCGAAAUCACGCGGACACCCACUUUCACACGCGGACGCCGCAAAACUAGAAAUUUGAUUUGGCCGACAUUUUAACCCAUCUAUGAAGAUAUAGGUACUACACGAGAGAAACGUAGACAAUAUAAGAUGUUGAGUCAAAAAGUUGAUAAUAUAGUUGGUAAUAUAUUUAACACAGAAUUCAAAUAGAUGUCAUAAUAAAAUUAAAGUUAAACAACUAACUAACAGAUGUAGAAGUAAUAUACCUAUCUGGAAUUUUGAGAAACGUACUCAUUUACCAAGAAUACGUAUUUAUAGUUAGGUAAAUAUAAUAUUCAUUCGAGAAACUAUUAUUGUUCUAAUAAAUGGAGAUUAAGCUCUAGGUACAGCCGGUUUCACCAUCAUUCAUAACACUUUAAAUAUAACAAAUUUAUAUGUGAAAUUUCAAUUGAUAUGCAUUUAUGAUGAUGCGAUAUAUUUUAUUAUGAUUCCUUAGAUAAAAUACCGUGAUACUGGUUUUGAGAUGCAUAAUAGAUGAAAUGUUUGCAAGUGAAUAUUUUUAUAACAAUCUACUGGAAAAACGAAUGUGAUCUGAUGUGAUUUAAGAAUAUGAUAUAAAAAGGCAGAAAUGGUCUAUUUAUGAGUAUAACAGUACAAGAUGGAACCAAAGUAUAAAUUUAUUACAAGAGAAAUGAAAUUGCAUGUAAAAAGAGAAGAUAAAUACAAAAAUUUAAUUAUAUUAUAGUCAAAUAACAAAGUACUUACUUUUAUAUAAGAUUGAAACUAUUUUUGGUAUUUGUAAAUUAUUCAGCUAUAUCUAAAUGAAAAGGAGAAGAAAAAGAAGUAUAAAAUUGCACUCGUAUAUGUAAUUCAACUCAACAAAAAAUAUUGUAUGUUGGAUGUUAUAAUCUGUUGAACAAUAAAUGUAUAAUAUUCAUGUGGCAA